AUUUGCUCCUGCGUCGGCCGCUCGCGGAGCCUCGUCUGCAGCAGCAGGAGGGAGGACAGCAUCAGGAGGGUCCACCGGGAGAGUGGAAGCCAUGUACGGGAAUCAGAUGAGAGGCAUGUUUAUACCUAAGCAGGUGUUAAAAAACCAGUUUGAUCCCUUUAAGUCUCCACGGGAGACAUAUCUACUAUGCAAACUACGAUGGGGUGAGAGCAGAAGGUCUUGGAAACACUGGGUCAAAAAUUAUGAUGAUGAUGAUGAUUACUGUCAUGCUGAAGUCUACUUCCUGGAGAAAAUUUUUAGAAUGAAUCCAUCUUCCUUUUAUGUCAACUGUUCCAUCAAGUGGUACCUGUCCUGGAGCCCCUGUGUGAACUGCUGCAAUGAAAUACUGGAUUUCUUAGAGAGGCACCGGAAUGUGAACAUAGACAUUCGUGUGGCACGGCUUUACUUCAUAGACUCUGAAAGAAACCGCAGAGGCCUGAAGAAACUUGCGAGGUCAGAGCGAGUAAACAUUAAGGUCAUGAACGAGCGAGGUAAGACUAUAAAGACUGUGUGAAAAACUUUAUCCGAG